UAAGCACAUUUUUAACUCAGAGGUUUUUGAGUUUCAGAGUUGUGAAGAACGCAGCAACUGGGCCGGUGGCUCUGUUAGUGACAGAGUGACGAACAAUAUGGCGCCGGGAGUAGCUCUUGCUUUUGGACCAGUCGUUGUCUAAAGACCGGCGAUCGGACAGGAUGAACAUCUGCGCCCAAUAUUUACGGCAGGCAGAGGCCCUGAAGGCUGACAUGACAGAUUUUAAGAUUGGUGCAGCAGAGGUCUGGACUUCAAGGCAAGCGCUUCAGGACUUGUACCAGAAGAUGCUGGUGACUGAUCUGGAGUAUGCUUUGGACAAGAAAGUGGAGCAAGAUCUCUGGAACCAUGCUUUUAAAAAUCAAAUAACAACACUACAGAGUCAAGCCAAGAACCGAGCCAACCCCAAUAGAAGUGAGGUGCAGGCCAAUCUGUCCCUAUUUCUCGAAGCAGCUAGUGGAUUCUACACACAAUUACUACAGGAGCUGUGUACCGUGUUCAACGUGGACUUGCCUUGCCGUGUGAAGUCAUCUCAGCUUGGAAUUAUCAGCAAUAAACAGACCAACACCAGCGCCAUUGUAAAACCCCAACCCAGCUCUUGCUCUUAUAUCUGCCAGCAUUGUCUCGUCCACCUCGGAGACAUCGCACGAUAUCGCAACCAAACCAGCCAAGCGGAGUCCUAUUACAGACACGCAGCUCAACUUGUCCCUUCAAAUGGUCAGCCUUACAAUCAGCUGGCCAUCCUGGCCUCCUCUAAAGGGGACCACCUCACAACGAUAUUCUACUACUGCAGGAGCAUUGCCGUCAAGUUCCCUUUCCCUGCAGCCUCCACCAACCUGCAGAAAGCUCUCGCUAAAGCUGUUGAAAGCCGCGAUGAGGUCAAAACAAAGUGGAGUGUGUCAGAUUUCAUCAAGGCCUUCAUCAAGUUCCAUGGUCACGUUUACCUGAGCAAGAGCCUGGAGAAGCUUAACAACCUGAGAGAAAAGCUGGAAGAACAGUUUCAGCGGCUGAUUCUGCAGAAAGCCUUCAGCUCCCAGCAGCUGGUCCACAUCACAAUUAUCAACAUGUUUGAGCUGCACCAUCUGAGGGACUUCGGCAAUGAAACAGACGACCAGAGCUUCAGCUCUGAGGAGCAAAUCGGCUGGUUCCAACUUCUCGGUCUCUUCAUGUCAUUUCUUGGUGUCAUGUGUAGCCGAGCACUGCUGAACAAGAAUCGAGGAGAGGAGAUCAUGGGAGAAUGUCCAUUGCCAGCCAUCAAGGUGUCCCUGGACUGGCUCAAACUACGACCUACCGUUUUUCAGGACGGUGCCGUGGACAGACGACAGUAUGUUUGGCCUUGGCUGGUGUCCAUUCUGAACAGUUUCCAACCAAAGGAAGAGGAUGUUUCCUGUGCAUCAAUGACUCCACUUCCAGAGGAGUUUGAACUGCAGGGGUUUUUGGCUCUCAGGCCAGCGCUACGGACCCUUGACUUCACUAAAGGCCACCAGGGUGUUGCUGUGGACAAGGAGGGUCUGCCAGUCCGUGCCCGUCAUCAGAGGCUCAUCAGCCUGGGGAAAUGGGUGGCAGACAACCAGCCAGGGCUGAUUCAGUACAAAGUCAGCAACGGCCUGCUGCUGUUCAUCACCGACAUCGAGGAAUUGGCCAUCGAGGAGCCCCAGGAGAAGGAUGCCCCUGUGCUCCAGGAGUCCUCCAACAGUGAGCAGACCCCCAACGAGGGCAACAUGGGCCUGAAGUCAGUCCUGUCCAUGGGCAAGACCCAGAACAGCGUGUUGGAGAUCGGCGAGAGGCCUGUGGUGACCUUCAAGGAGAACAUCAAGCCCCGGGAGCAGAGCAGGGAGCCCAGCCGCAAUCACCACCAGAAGGAGGCAGGGAAGGAACGGAGGGACUUCGGCAAAGGCAACGGGGUUCCGGGAAAAGGAGAGCAGAAGAGGGAUGGCAAGAGGAAGAGUGAGGUGAAGAAGAACAGCCAUGAGAAAGCUGCAGACGCAGGGAAACAGGUGAAAGCCCAGUCGGAUAUGAGGAAGACGCCAGUGUCUGAGGCCAGGAAGACUCCAGUCACUCAGACCCAGACUACCUGCUCCUCCCAGUUCAUCCCCAUCCACCACCCGGGAGCCUUCCCUCCACUGCCCAGCCGACAAGGUUUCCCCCCUCCGGCCUAUGUGAUCCCUCCUCCCGUGGCGUUCUCCAUGAAUCCGGGCUUUACCUUCUCUACCGGCAUGUCUGUCCCCGGGCCGUUCCUGCAGUCGGCCUCCCACCCUCAGCAGCCCGGUGCCCAGCAGCAGGUGCAGGUUCAGACUGGGAAGCCGUCGCACAUUCCAUACAGCCAGCAGAGGCCGUCAGUGCCAGGGGCGAUGAACCAAGGGGCCCCCCAGGGCCAGCCCCAGCAACAGCCUUCUCAGACCAUGCAGCAGGUGCAGCUCCAGGUCCAGGCUCUUGUCCAACAGCAGCAGUCACCCACCAAGCCUGUGCAGCCAGUACAGCUGGGCAAAAGCCCACCUCACCAUCCAGGGAUGCAGCAGUACAUGCAGGUAGAUCAGGCUGGACAGAUGUGGGGCCAGCACCAGGCCCAGCAGCACCAGACCCAGCCCACCAUGCAGAAGAUGCAGGCCAUGCAGAUGCCUGUCAAGCAGCCCUACUACAUGGGAAGCCCCCAGGACCCCCUCAAGCUCUUUGAGCAACAGCAGUACGCCAUGCAGACGGUGCCCCAGCAGAACAGCAUGGACAAGAAGAUGAAGUACCCGGAUGUGAAAAUGCAGGAUUUUUACUGGGACCCUUCCUACCGCAUGGGGGAUAACAGACCGAUGGUGGGGGAGAGGAUGGGCAAGCGGCUGCCCCCCGGGGCCUUCCACCCAGACCAGGACAACACACCCAGAGGGCCUCCUUUUGAGGACAAGAGCUCCCCUCUUCUGCCUCCAGACCUGUUAAAAAGUAUAUCAGAUUUUGAGGAGGAAGAAGAGCUGGCCUUUACUAAGCCUCAUGGUUUCUACCAGGCCUUGGCUGGCCCUCUUAGUACUGCUCCAGGACGAAAUAUAUUUUUGCCAAAUCAGUCAAGAAUGGAAAGUGGCUCUGAGGUGAUGGGCCAGUCGUCUUCUCUCAUGCCCUUAUCUGGGUUCCCAAUUCAGGAGAGUUCCUAUCAAAACAACAGCAUUUUCAGCCAGGCCUAUGGGAAGAACAUGGCUCCCAACCCCAAGACCGACGCUCCCAUGCUUCACCAAGAACCUUCUCUCUACUCCCUGUUUGAAGGAACUCCAUGGUCCCCGUCCCUUCCUGCCAGCUCAGGCGCUCAAACCGACCAAUCACAAGAGCUGCAACAGGAUGCACACGCUUUUCAAAAGCCUCUUUCAGACCACUCUACACCAGCAAGCCAGUCCCCCCAUUCUUCCAACCCAAGCAGUUUACCUUCUUCUCCACCCACGCACAACCAUGGCUCCAUCCCCUUCUCUAACUUCGGCCCCAUAGGAACACCCGACAACCGAGACAGGAGGAUGGUCGACCGAUGGAAGGUGGAAAAGACGCCUGUGAGUGGGUUUGGUCUGGACUACCUGCCCUCUGCGUCGUCGUCUUCAGACCACCGAACCCCUGAGAACAGCUGGCACCAGGGGAACACCCCCAGCAGCUCCUGGGCCGCCCAGGAGUUGCCAAUGGAAGACUCCUCCACUGUGCUCCUGGACAGUCUGAAGUCUAUCUGGUCUAGCUCCAUGAUGCAGCCGGGGCCUUCGGCCCUGGAGCAGCUCCUCAUGCAGCAGAAGCAGCAGAGGGGCCGGGGCACCAUGAACCCUCCACACUGAAGGGCCUGCAGUCAGAAGCACUUGUGUGAAGAAGUAAGAAGUAAAAAAAAAAAACGCUCCAAAUCGGAAUUACCGGCAUAUGGAGGCUGGGGAAGGUGAAACGAUGACCCAACAGGCUCUAAACACCCUUCUACUGAUGAGGAGGACUGGUGCAAGUCUACUCUCCCCUCUCGCUCUCUCUGUGCCUCCCAUGGCAACGAGGGCGUGCAAGCACCUCCCACACCACCUCACUGAGCACGAUUCUUACAUUGAGGAAACUGAAAACCUCUGACAGCCAGUCACCAUGCAUACCUCCUGAAUUCCUCUGGAGAGUGUGGGAAUAAACAACCAUCCUUCAGUCCAUCUCACUUGGAUUCUAUGUAUCUGGUCUCUGAAAACUAUUCUUGAGCUGCUCUUGAUGUGGAUUUACUAUCAGUCUUUGAUUUGCCUACUGGAGAAGAGAGGAGCCUAAAGGUGGUGCGGGGUGUUUUUGGGAAGGCAAGGUGGUCCUAAAACGGUAGAUGUGGUGAAAAAAAGAAAGACUGAUCUUUCUGAAUUCUUGACAAAAUUUUCUUUAUCUCGGACAGAGAGCAAGGAGGAGGGGGAGUGUGGCUCGACGUAGCCGGGUUAUGAAUGAACGAAUGAAGGCGUUAACAGCUAUAUUGCCACAGUCGUUGGUAAAAAGUGGGGGGAAAGUGUGCCUAUCAUACUGUGCACAGAACCGUUUGAAAAUGAGACGCAGAUUAUGCUAUAGAUGCAAUUUUCCAGUUUGCAGAUUGUUCCUUUCUGUAUAGGUUUUACAAGGAAGGAGGUGCAUCUUCAGGUCAGUUGAGGAUGAUGGAAACGCUUCAAACUCACCACAAAGUUCGCUCAAAAACAAAAGAAUCAACAAACUGAGACGGUGAUGAGAAAAUAGAUGUAGGGAUAGUAUUAUUAGCUCUAAUAGAGAUUUGCAAUUAUUAGAAAUACUGUAUUUUGUGAUUUGUUCGUAGCAGUUUUAGCUUUAUGAAAUACUGGGUAACUAUGUCCAAUAGUUUACUGCUUAUGGGGAAAGUAGAUAUUAAUGUUAUCUUUACCCAUCUUUCUUUGAGUAAACAUGUAACUCUAGCUUAUCUGCAUAAUUGUUUAUUUCGUUCAUGGUCUGCCUUUUAAAAGUUUUAAGCAGCUUUAUUGGCUCUCUUUGUGCCUGGUCAGUGUUUUUUAUUUUAUUAUUACUAUCAUGAUUGGCACUGUCAUGUAAUGGAAACAAGCAAACGGGUCCAGCAAAGCUGCUGGUUCAGCAAUAUGGGGCACAAGCCAAGCGAGACACAGACCAUCAGACAGACGGCUGGGCUGGGGCACAGAGCAGGUGUAGUCCCUGACUCCCCUACUUGGCUUAGAACAGGAGAGAGAGACUGAUUUAUGCUAACCUCUUCACAACCACUACUAUAAUCACAACAGUUAUCGAAUUAACGCAUAUUAGGCCCUGGAGAGUUGCAUGCUUGGUUUGCUUGUCUAAAGUCAUAGCUCUGUUUUUUUACAUACCUCUGUGGUGUGUAAGUAACUGAACUAAUUGUUUGGUGUUAAGUUUCUGUCACUUGGGUUACGCCAGUGUGAAUCGGAAAUGCCCAAGCCAGACAAUGACUUUUUCCCCAAAUAAUGAAAUCCACGAAGCACUGAGUGACAAUCAGCAGACCAAGAGAGGCUCUCCAGGAACAGGGUUAGAGGCCAGUUGAGUCUAGGGGUCACUGUUGGAUAGGGUUAGAAAUAUGACUAUAUACAUUGGUACCCUCUAUGGUUUAGGCAGCAAAAGGCAUUUUGUAUUUAAAGGGUAUACAGAGACUUAAUAUCUUGUAUGAGGGGAAAAACAUGUUUUUAUUUUCAUGUAGAGAACAUUUUAUUAAACCCAACUUUAAAUGAUGUCUAAUUUGUGUGAUUGUGCUUUUCCUGUUACAUUAAAAUGAUAUUUAAAAAGAAAAGAUAAAUAGAUUGGACUGAAUGUUGGGACAUAUUCAGCCAGAAGCUAUUUAAAAAAAAAAAAAAAAGAAUUCAGCACAUAAAUGCUAGAGGGGAACUGGGCUGUAAAGUUGGCCCUGUAUCUGCUCAUUGUAAAGGGGUUCUGAUUUCAAAUGUGUGUUUGGAUCAUGAAUGGUAUUUGUCAGUGGUAUUGAGCUUACCAGUUCUUGCUGUCUAGGUGGGCGGAAGAGGGAGUGAGGGGUAACGCACUAGAAUGUUAGAAGCGCUCUGCUCUGGGCAUCCUGCCAUUUACUGCAUUCAUGUGGAAUCUCCUCUGCUGCAUCCUUAAUAAACUGACACAUCUAACAGUGGCUUUGGUUUUACCACGUUAAGGUUUGUGGAAAAGAACUCUGCACUUUGAGCAGUUGUAACAUUCCAUACUUCUAAUAGUCCUGUGGGACAUUACAGGCAAUGACAAAUGACAGACGGCUAUUAACAGUUCCCUGCACAGCUGACCAACCAACAUCAAGCACUGUGUCCCAGUUUAAGUUCACUAUCAAGGAGAGAAUCACUGAAAGUUUGAAAUUGCAUGAGAAUUUGGAAUUCUAAAUGCUUUCAUGGGUUAUGGGGAGCAAGGUUGGAGUCCUUUUACCUGUGGGCGGGGGGUCAUUCAGAAAUGGGCUUGUGUUCUAAGCUUUUUGUGUUUCGUCUUUCUCUAGACAUUCAGAAAUGGUGGAAUCGGCUAUGCCUUUAAAUAAAGUAAACCAUGUUCUCCCUA